CGCGAAUCAAUGACGAGAUUUUGUGGAAUAAAUCGGUACCAUUUCUACCCUUCCACUCGCGGCUGUGCGACGUAUAUAAAGUCGAGUGACGGGAAUAUAUCCGUACACAAUUACAUCUGAUUGCGAAUAAUACGCCUUAGCCAUGAAACUUGCACUGGUGUGUCUAUUUGCUAUUAGCACUGUCGUUUGUGUGUAUGGACGGCCAGAAGAACAUUAUACCACCAAAUUUGACAAUAUAGAUGUAGACCAAAUCUUAAGCAAUGACCGAUUAUUGAAGCGAUACGUAGAUUGCUUGUUGGAAAGGCCCAAUGUCAAAUGUCCCUCUGAAGCUCUUGAAUUAAAGAAAGUUUUAUCCGAAGCAAUGGCAACUCACUGUGCCAAGUGCUCGGAUCGACAGAAAGAAAUUGCAAAAAAGGCGUUAGACUUCUUAAUAAUAAACAAAAAAGAUAUGUGGAACGAUCUGAAGUCUAAGUACGAUCCAGAAGAGAAAUACGCGAAACAGUAUGAAGAAGAUGCCUUGAAGAAAGAAAAUUAACUUUAAUCAGAAAUCAACGAGAAAAGAAAUGGGAAAAAUAUAUAUCUAUAAUAUAUGUGCAACGCUAAUGUAAUGCUAAUUGCUUUAUCGUCCUUCUAGCCGCAACUCGACCCAAUUGAUAUGUAACAUACGUAUUUGCCACAUGCAAAUAAAAUAUUAGUCAUAAUAUA